AUGUUACUAGACUACUAGUUGAGUAUUAAAUUGAAAUUUCAUUUCAGAUGUCAUUGGGAGAAGGACUUGCAUAUAACUACUAUGCCGGCUACCUAAAUCUGGUAUUGCCUAGUGUGGCAGAUAGGAUCAGCAGCAGUGAAUAUGACAAAAGCACAACAAAUAAGAAGUUGUUUAUUCUAAUCCCUGCUAAUGGUGAGAUGCCAGGGAAGCAGCAGGACGUCGACAAGAGCAUACGACAGGUUGGAACGUUAGCUCCAUUGAUGAUAGACAGAGCUGGAUUCAAAAGAAAGUACCAUAACAACGUCUAUGGAUCAGUUCAUAAUGAAAAGGAGGUAACAUUCGUCGCUGACAUGCCAGCAGAUCUGCUCACGCUCCGAGACAUGACAGAAGAUUUCGAGCUGACUGGCUUCACAGAGCAGGAUAAGCUGCGGGAGGUGCAGAAGUAUGCUGCGUCCUUGACGAAAAUUCUAGAGAGGCAAUCCCAUCUGGCUGGGACGUACGAAAUUGUUGUCUACAAUGGUAACUCUGUGUUGAAAUUUUCUGUGUGAAAGCAUUACACCACCACGACAUAAAUGUUAAUUUUGCCGAAAUUGGUCAUAAUACAGCUACAGCAGAUCACUAGGGAAGUGCAAUGAUAUGAUUGUUUUUUUUUGCAGUAGGGGGACAGGGGGGAGCAUUAAUUUUACAUGGCAUUUUACAUUAAUUUUAAAUGUAAUUUUGAGACUGGGAUUCAUAGAAAGACCAAGACCUGAGAGGUUUUAUUAUGUGGUGCUUCCUGAAUGCAAUUUGGUAUUAGUUUGAGGGAAUUAUUUCAAAUUUCAGAAAAGAAUGGC